AUGACCUCCAUUGUCCAAGCCGAUCCAAGUGCUUUGACGACGCCGAACACUGAGAAGCGGGUCCAAGGCGCACCCGCAUCUUCCAAGAAAAAGAAAAAGUCCAAGGGAAAAUCUGUGCCUUUCUCCGCUAUGUCUAUGACGGGAAUGCCUGCCGAGAGAAACGACAGCAACAGUAGGCAUGACUCGCCUGCGCCAAAGCGACGAAGAGCUCACUACACACCAAUUUCUGGUGGUAUUGAUCAGUCAUCGCAAUUGGCAUUGGAUCCGUCCUGGCAGACAAUUAUUGCUUUCCGUACAUCUUUCGGAAAAGGAUUCCAACGUGUUCUUGAUGCUACCUUCAACUUAGAGUAUGCACGACAGAUUGUCCGUCAAAAGUACCGCUUGGAAUCAAGUACACCUGUUGAUUUAUCGUACCAGGCAACCGAUGGAAUGAGCAUUGAUUUAGAAGACAGCGAAGAUGUCCGUGCUUUCCGGGUUUAUGCCUCGCGAGAGCCAAUUGUCACUAUAAAGGCUGACUUUGAUCAGUCAAAAAUGGGCUCUUUGUCCGCACCUUCGAUGUCAUCUGCGCCAUCUGCUGCCACAGAGACACCAGGCGCCACACCAUCCAAGUCACGAGGUCGUCGCGGCCGUUCCAAGACAUCGUCGUCCAACGCCCAAGUGCCCGAAAAUGAUGCAUCAUCGGCACACGACUCCAUGUUACCACCGCCACCAUCACAAGCAUCUGCUACACUACCAUCUGCGCAUGAAGAUGCGGGUGAUUCGUCUAUGGCGGAAGUGUCUGCUGGUCUACAUCAAGCAAACGAGGUGCAGGAGACGCCCAAAUCGGCUAAUCGAAAGCGUAAAUCCAAGCCCAUUGAGUCUGAACCAGCGCCAGGAUCUACCUCUGAAACAAUAGAAGCGCCAGCGCAGUCAUCAACACCUGUAGCAGAGCCUGGCUCAGCAGCACAGCCGGCUAUCCCCCCAACAUCUCACAGUAAUGAGCAUGAACAACGCGGUACGCAUGUUGCUGCUAGUUCUGCAGACAACGACGAAAGCCGCGAUGAUGACGAAGAUGUGCCUCUUUCUCAGCAAUCUUUGAGCUCUUCUCAGACGGUGCCACCGUCAUCGCAAACGAAUCCUCCCUCUUCACAGGAAGCACCAUCGCCAGAUAAGCCGCGCCGACACCGCCGAACAAAAGCAGAGAUGGAGGCGUUCCGUGCGGAGCAGGCCGCGAAAAAGCAGGAGAAGGAGCAGGGAAAAUCAAUGUCCAAGUCGAAUCGGCCUGACGAGCCAGAUACAACCGUCGACACCACGGCACUGGUAGGUGACGAGACUACUGUGAUUCACGAGCCUCAUCAUGAUGAACACGGCACUAGUGCUGCCGCAUCCGUACAAUCGCUGAAGAGCCAAGACCCUGCUGCAAUUCAGCAGCGCCUAAAUGAGCUAAAGGCAAAGAAACAACGGAAAAAUGCAACAGAACGCGAAGAACAGAAGCUAUUGAUGGAAUUAAUUGGCAAGGAACAGCAGGCAUCGCCCGGAGUGGAUACCUCUUUACGUGAGUAG